AUGUUAAGCCGCUUAUAUCCCCUGACAAAGGAAAAGUCUCUGGAAGAGCGAGUGCAGUCGCGGGAUGCCUAUAUAUAUUUGGAACGAGCCAUGUGGGUCUUCGGAUGGACAGAGCCCAAUAACAAAAGGUGGAAAUUAUUCUACAAACUCUGGAUGUUUUUCACAACUUUCGUGAUAAAUGUCCUGGUUCCCCUGGCGAUGGUUGCGGAGUAUGUUCACAGCUUCAGCAGUUUCUCAGUGGGCGAGUUCCUCAGUUCCCUUCAGAUUUGCAUUAAUAUGUUUGGUUGCUCCUUGAAAUGUGCAUUCAUCAACUUGGGAUACCCCAAAUUCCAGGAAGCCAAAAGGGUUCUGGACAAGCUUGACGAAAGUUGCCAAAGGGAUGAAGAGAAAAUAGGAGUGCGCCGAUAUGUGGCUUGGGGAAACCUUUGUUUCGCCAUCUACCACAUAUUAUUUUCAUUCUCCGUGGUCGUAAAUGGUGCUGGUUUCAUGCUGAUAGGUCGACAUGCUUGGAGGAUGUACUUUCCUUUUAUCAGCCCCGACGAGAACUUCUUGCUGACCAAUUUUUUCGAGUGCUUUCUAAUGGGAUCCGUGGUUGGCAUGGAACUAUGCACGGAUGUCAGUGCUCUGAUCUAUAUGCUCAUGGGUCGUUGUCACAUCACGUUGCUCAGGAAUCGAUUGUCUACACUUCGAAUGGAUUCUGACAAGAGUGAGAAGCACCACGACUUAGAGCUGACCAAAUGCAUUCAAAUUCAUCGCUUAAUUUUGGAGUAA